GGUUAAACUUUAAUUUUCAAUCCUCAACGACGACCACUCUAGAAUUUAAAAAUUAAGCCGGCCAAAGUGACAACCAGCCACGAAGAUCACAAAACAAAGUGUUGGAUCCGCAAAAUAGCAAGUCAUAUAACUGAAAAUGGCGUCGAUUCAAGGAAGCGACGGUAGUUGGGUGGGAAGAAAACCUCUCCGGCGACUUGGUGGUAUGUCCGAUGCCCUCUCAAUCGCCGCCGACCUUGGGUUUUCUGUUGCUCCUCCUCCUUCUCAGGAAGACUUGCAGAAUUUAUCAUCUGGUGGUGAAAAAGGCGAUGACUUGAUACGCGUCUUGAGGGAACUUACCUCCGUGCAAAGGAAAAUUGCGGAUUUGCAAGUUGAACUUCAAGGCCGUAAGGAAGAUAAGAAUGUCGCGCACUUGACACAUGUGAGUGAAAUGGAAAAGAAAAUAGAAACUUUAGCAAGGAUCACUACAAUAUUAAAGGACGUUAUUCAGAAUAAGGACCGAAUUAUAGCCCGUCUUCAACAACCAUAUUCAUUAGAUUGUAUUCCCGUGGAAGCAGAAUUCCAGAAACAAUUCUCGGAAUUAUUAAUGAAGGCUGCCAGUGAUUAUGGUCUUCUAACAUCAUCUGUUGCAGAUUUUCAGUGGACUCAAAACUUUAAAGAGCCACCAUCUGUCUGGGGGGAGAUGCUUAGGCCAAUCCCUGUGGCGUUGGCAUCAUGCACGAGGUUCUUUGAAGCAAUGACUGCCAUGAGAGAAUCCUUUGCGACACUUCAGAAACUACGGGUGGGACCCACUGACUCCCAACUGAAAGUGCUAGCUGGCAGCUCUGAUUGUGUGACUCCACCUCCCUGGGGAAAAGAAUCGAGCUUCGAUGAUUUGGUACUUACAACCUCAAAAGAGGACCGGAACAGUUGUGAUUUAGAUAGCAUGAGUAACCGAAGAUUAUCGUGGCCUUUGGGGAAGGCAAAUGGUUUAUAAUUUUAUUUCUUGUUGUGUUAUAAAUCAAUGUGGUUUAUGUAUGUUGGUUUUAUUAUUGUAUUUGUGUAUUUUCACCAUGUUUGAUAAGAAUAAAGAGUUUGAUUUUGAAUGAGGUUUAAGAUAUGCAUG